ACAGACAGGCUGCGCCGUUCACGAUGCGCGCUCCCGAUAAUAAACCUCUGACGCCUUCAUCCGGGAAUUACUACGAACUCGCUCUCCAACAUGGCGGCGUCAGCUAAGAAGAAGAAUAAGAAGGGGAAGACCCUCACUCUGACCGACUUCCUGGCAGAGGACGGCGGAGGCAGUGGCAACCCUGCGCCGCCCAGCUACCCGGCCAAGUCAACUAGCUGGGCUGAUGAGACUGACGACCUGGAAGGAGAUGUCUCGACUUCGUGGCACACAGAGGAGGACUCGUACCGGGCACCAGCAAUUGACCGCUCCAUCCUGCCCACAGCACCUCGCUCAGCCCGUGAACCCAACGUCGACCGGUCUCGACUGCCCCGCAGCCCGCCGUACACAGCCUUCCUGGGCAACCUGCCCUAUGAAGUCACCGAAGAGUCGAUCAAAGAUUUCUUCCGCGGCUUGGCAAUCAGUGCAGUGCGUCUGCCUCGAGAGCCCAGUAACCCAGAGAGGCUGAAGGGCUUUGGUUAUGCUGAAUUUGAUGAUGUGGAUUCCCUCUUAAGGGCCCUCAGUCUCAAUGAGGAGAAUUUAGGGAACCGAAGGAUUCGCGUGGAUAUUGCAGACCAGUCAAAUGAUAAAGAAAGAGACAGUGGACUUAUGGGAGGCCGAGACAGGGGUGGACGGAUGGCGGACAUGGGUCCUGAUAAGACGGACAGUGACUGGAGGGCUCGGCCCAGUUCAGAUGAUGAUGGACCUCCCAAGAGAGAUGAUGCCUUUGGAGAGAGAUCACGGGACCGCUACGAGUCGGAUCGUUUCAGAGAUGGACCACGGCGGGACGGUGAUCGUUAUGAAGGAGGAAGAGACCGCUACCGUGAUCGCUAUGACGACAGGGACCGCAGAGACUACGACAGAGGAGGUUUCGACUCUCGUGGUGGUGGUGGUGGUGGUGGAGGAGGUGGUCGUCGUGCCUUUGGCAGUGGCUUCCGCCGUGACUAUGAUGACAGUCGGGGUAGCGGUGAUCGUUAUGGGGACAGGGAUCGUUAUGGUGACCGUGAUGACAAGUAUGAAAGACGGGAUGAGAGGCGUGAAGACAGAGGUGCUCCUCAGCAGAGACCCAAGCUGAACCUUAAGCCCCGCAGCGUGCCCAAGGAGGAGGAAGCUGGUGGCGGCGGUGGUGGUGGCGGCGGCGGUGGUGGAGGAGGAGGCAGCAUUGGUGGUGGCGGCGGCGGCGGUACUUCCCCCGCUGCUGCUCCAAGCUCCAGCAGCAGGGCCUCAUCCAUCUUUGGCGCAGCCAAGCCUGUUGACACAGCAGCCAAGGAAAGAGAGGUAGAAGAGAGGCUGAAGAAGGAGGAAGAAAGACUGCAGAGGCAGCUGGAGGAGGACAAAGGCCGUGGACCUGACAGAAAGUUGCGAGACAGAGACCCAAGCUGGCGCAAUGAGGAAUCUCAUACUGAGCGAUCUCGCACAGGAAGUGAGUCUUCACAGCCAGGAAGCACUUCCGGAAGGGCGUCUCGGUGUGGAGAUAGUGAUCGCUCUGGCGACAAUGAGGUUUUUAGCGGGAGAGAAGGUGAACCCUCCUCCCCUGGGCCAUCCUCACGCCCCCCCUCUACCAGCUCCUCCAAGGAGCCACUGAAGGUGAUGCCUGCACCUCCUCCCAAGGAGAAUGCCUGGGCUAAGAGAGGUGUCGUCAACACAGGCUCUAGUGAGGGUGAAGGACGACCUCCAGUCUCUCCUGUCUCCCCAAGUGGUUCACUUCCUCCCAAGCUCAGCUCCUCAAGUUCUGCGGAUGAAAGAGAAUCUGGAAAGGAUGAGAACAAGGCUGACGGUGUGCGUCGGGACCGGGGGCCCCCGCGGGCACGAGGGGGGCCUGCAGGGCCUGGAGCAGGGCGGGGCCGAGGAGAGGGGCCAAACAGAGACCGAAGAAAGGAGGCAGACAGAAAGGAUAACAGAAGAGACUCCAGACCACCUCCAGAGCCAAAGAAAUACGGAGAAACCCCAACCCCCAAAUUCAGCUCAGCCAGUAAGUACGCUGCUUUGCUAAUGGACGGAGACGAUGUCGAGGAUGUUGAAUAGAUGGCGUCAACGACGACGCGGCCCAAAAGAGCAAGAAAGAAGAGAAACCGAUGAAUGCAGAACAAAAUUAAUCUCACAUAGUUUAUGAAAAAAAUCUCCUGGGAAGACCUCACUUCCUCCACCCUUCCUUCCUUUCCUCCUACAAACCUGUCCUCUGCUUUGAAACCUCCCCCCUCGCUCCUCUUUCUGCCCCACCUCCAGGACUUUUCAGGUUCUAAAGAAUAGUCACGUACUGGACUUGUUUUAAAAUGGAAAAAAGGAGUUGCUGACACAUGGAAAAUGAUGGAUAACAUUGAAUUAAUUGUAAUAAAUAAAUGGAAAAAGUGGGGGAAUACAA